AUCACACAUUCACCUCCCGUCUCUUUUACAGAAGGCGCAGGGUGCAGGUUACUUCUGCUGCUGCUUUUCGUCUCGAGUUGGUGUCGUCGAAAGUGCUUGAAUCCUGCGUUUGACGCUCGGUAUUCCCAAAUUAAAGCAAGAUGUCGUCUGCAGUCACCAAACUGGCGAAGCCACAGCUCCGUGGCCACUUUCAGAACUACCUGAACCAGACCUUCAUUCAGGCGGCUAUUGCCUCCGCUGUCGUUGGAGUUGGCUUUUAUUUCGGCAUCCUUGUUAAGCACCGCAACAGGAGAGAGGAGUUCUAUGCCACCUUCAAUGCUGAGAAAGAAUUCGAACGCCUCAGAGACCUGGGCUUCUUCUGGAGUGUUCCCUCCAAGGAUCCUUCCAAGAACCUUUACAACAUGCAGGGAGAGAUGCCAUAAGCAAUUAUGUUAGGAACUAGUUCAGUACACACCUAUUUGUUUCAAUAAUAUCAAAACCUUUAAUAAAGGUCAUUACCUCUAGUGUGGUC